ACUGUCUCCAAGCAUGCAGGUCAUGGAAUCAGUUCCUGAGCUGUUCACUCCAAUGAGCCGCGAACUGUUGGAAGCUGCAAGGUCGGGCGAUACCAACAUACUUGGAACGAGCAUCCCUGACGUCCAUGUGACGGCCGGUGGGAACUCGAUGCUUCACAUCGCAGCCAAGCUGGGACACACCGAUUUCUGCAAUAUAGCCCUCGACCUACAACCCUUGCUCCUCCAGUUGAAGAACGCACGAGGAGACACUCCAUUGCACAUCGCCGCGAGGGCAGGCCAUCACCAGCUAGUGAAUGACCUCAUCUCUACUGCCUCUGAAAGGAGCGCGCAGGGCGACGACGGAGUGGGUUCACUAGUCCAGAUGGCAAACGACGUUGGUAACACUGCCUUGCACGAGGCGGUACAGAACGGCCAUGAACAGGUCGUCGAUGCACUAAUGGCGAAUGCUCCAGGUGUGUCCGCGGUGACCAACAACGUCAAUGGCGUGUCGCCCCUCUUCAUGGCGGUAGAGUGCGAGUCGGUGCCGAUCGUGCGACGAUUACUGGAGGCGGGCGAGGCGUCAUGCGACGGACCCAACGGGCAGACGGCAAUGCACUCCGCUGUCCUUGUGAGCUACGAUAUCACAAAAAUAUUGCUGGAGGAGAGACCAAGGUUACUGAAGAAAGCCGAUAACAAUGGAAGUACUCCUCUCCACUUUGCUGCCUCGGACAGUGAUAUUGCAAUGGUAAAACUACUCCUGGAAAAGGAUGCAUCCAUUGCGCGUCUGCAAGACAAUGAUGGUGCCUCUGCAAUUCAUGUUGCUGCUAGUGGCGGGCAUGUAAGUACAAUUGAGCAUCUCGAUAAAGUAUUGCCUGAUUGUGUGGAGCUGAUGGACAAUCAAGGCAGGAGCUUCCUUCAUGUAGCCAUCGAGAAGGAAAGGUGUGCUGUUAUCAAAUAUGUUAUCCGAUCACCGGAUCUCGUUGAUCUUCUAAAUCAGCCAGAUAAAAAAGGGAACAGGCCCUUACAUGCAGCUGCGUUAUCUGGAAACGUAGACAUCACAUGGAUGCUGUCGUCCAAUAAAAACGUUAAGAAAAAUGCAAUGAACAACGAAGGUCAUACCGCUCUUGAUGUCAUUUCGUGCCGCACACCUGCAGAACUUGAACCUCCGUCCUCAUUGAUUGAGAUUCUGAAGACCAGUGGUUCACGGCGCAGUCCGCAACGCCAUGAUUCUAUCACAGAUCAUUUGCAGAAGAAAGAAGAAGAACCUAAAGAUUAUAAAUCAUUCGUCAACAACUUGUUCCUUACGGCAGCGCUUAUUGCCACCAUCUCAUUCGCUGCAGCAUUUACUGUGCCAGGAGGCUACAAAAGUGAGGGGAGCAAUGAUCCAGGCUCGCCAAUAUUACUGAAGCGUAUUAAUUUCCCACAGUUUCUGGUAUGGGACAGCUUGGCUAUGACAACCUCCAUCAUGGUUCUCCUCCUCCUCCUUCACAGCCGCUUGGGCAGUAAAAUUUAUCAGAUCCGGCAACUUUCCCGAGCCAUUGUGCUGUUGCAGUACUCAACAUCGGCGUUGAUGCUAGCAUUCCUCAAUGGUUUAUUCCUGGUCACUGCUAGUGAAUAUCCUUGGCUCGAGAUAUUCAUUUGGAUUUUAUUUUGUAUUACUGGUAUAUAUAUCGUUAUAUUCUCAUAUAAGGUCUAUAAAAAAAUAAGACAAGUUAGCUAUAGAUUCCCAAAAAAUAUCGUUUAGAGAAAAAAAGAUUCAUAUUAAAUAUAAUUAAUAUAAUAUAUUUAUAGGGAUUAUAUAAACCUUAUGUGUUGGGGUAUGAAGAAUAUAGGGUUUUAAAGUUAUGGUAAGUGUUUUUAAGUGAAAUAGAGAAUACUUUGUAUUAUCUUUAUUUUUACUUUUGCUUAUGUGAUAGCUUCA